GUUUCCGCGGCAGCAGAUUCCCUACGCUGGAAAGGACAGUGGCAAGAACAGACAGGAUGUCUUACGAGGAUCCACCGGGCACGGGCUUCUUCCAGUCCAACUACACGAUCGAAGGGGCGGAGCCGUGGUGCGGUGGCGAGCUCUCUGGUGCCGAGAGGUGCCCGGCGGGGGAGCAGCCCCAGACGCCACUGCCAUCGGUGCCAGCCCACCUGGGCAGCCAUGACGACUACCUGCUGUCCUAUGAGGCUGGCUGGGAUGAGGAGCCCCCUUUGCUGGAAGAGCUGGGGAUCAACUUCCACCACGUCUGGCAGAAGACGUUGACCGUGCUCAACCCGCUCAGGCCGGCGGACCCGGGUAUCAUGGCCGAAACUGACCUCGCGGGCCCUGCCCUCUUCUGCCUGGCCCUGGGGGCCACCCUGCUGCUGGCAGGGAAAGUUCACUUUGGCUCUGUGUACGGCCUCAGCGUGUUGGGCUGCGUGGGCAUCCACACUCUCCUGAACCUGAUGAGCUCAGCUUGUGUCUCCUUUGGAUGUGUAGCCAGCGUGCUGGGCUAUGGCCUGUUGCCCAUGGUCCUGCUGGCCAGCGCUGCUGCCCUCUUCUCUCUCCAGGGCACCGCAGGCACGGUCUUCGCGCUGGCGGUCAUCAGCUGGUGCAGCCUGUCUACUUCCAAGAUCUUCAUCUCGGUGCUGGCCAUGGAUGGGCAGCAGCUGCUGGUCGCCUACCCCUGUGCACUCCUGUUUGGGAUUUUCGCCCUCCUGACUGUCUUCUGAGCCGGGCCGGCUGGAGUGAGGAAUGGGUCUCACGUGCCAAGACUUGAUAGAAGCCAACAGUAGGUGACAAACAGAAGCCUCACAAGGCCGUAGUUUUGGAGAGCUGCAGCACUGUAAGAUUGUCAAAGCCGUCAUGGAAUCUGCUAAACUGUAAGCUUCUUAAGGGCAGGCAUCAUGUCUGCUAAUGUAUUGUACUCUCACAAGCAUUUUGUACACGGGAGAUGUUCGGUAAACGUUGUAAAUUAAUUCAUUCCUGAAGAGUUCAUUGGUGGUAAUGAGGACAGUAGAAAUUAUUU